CCACUUCUCAAUCAGUAAUAAAUUAAACUUGAAUAUGUUUAGAUUGGCUGUAUUGCUACUGGCCAUUGUCGCUGCUGGCAUUGAGGCUGCUGCUCCAUUGACCAACACGGGUCGUAUCAUUGGAGGUCGUGAGGUGACCAUUGCCAAACAUCCACAUCAGGUGUCAUUGCGUUACAAGAGCUGCUAUGAAUGCACCUUCCUGCAUGGCUGUGGCGGUGUCAUUUACAAUGCCAAUACCAUUCUAACGGCAGCCCAUUGUGUCUACAAACGUGAGGUGCAUGAGUUCAUUGUUGUUGCCGGUACCGAUAAUCGUUCCGGUUCGGAUGGUAUUGUUGCUCUCGUUGAGCGUAUAGUGCUGCAUGAAAAUUACAAUCCAGCCCUGACGGAAAACGAUGUGGCCCUACUGCAUUUGGCCACCCCUAUUGUGCUGAAUGGUGUCAACAUCGAUGCUGCUGUUUUGGCAAAGCAGCCAACCAAAACCGGGGCCACAGCUUUGGUUACCGGUUGGGGCACCACAUCGGAGGGUGGCAUGAAUUCGCUGAAAUUACAAGAAGCCGAAGUAAAGGUAAUCGAUCAUGAGGUGUGCAAUGAUGCCUACGGCUUUGGACGCAUCACCGAGGACAUGCUGUGUGCUGGUGUUGUGGGUGGCGGUCGAGAUGCCUGUCAAAAUGAUUCUGGUGGUCCAUUGAUAAGCAACGAUACACUGAUUGGCAUUGUUUCAUGGGGUACGGGUUGUGCUCGCCCUGAAUAUCCGGGCGUCUAUGCCAAUGUGGCCUAUUUUAGGUCAUGGAUUGAAACCAAUGCUAAGGGAAAUUGAUAAAUUUUUGCCAACGAGAAAGAUGGAAGAAAGUUAAUAAAGGUUUUUUUUUUUGAUUUAC